GUGAUCUACUUGCUGGACAACACUGUUGUGUGUAUGUUUGUGUGUUUUUGUGUUACUGUGAGUGUGUAAUCCUCAAAACAGGAAAAAACUCAUUUGUCAUCUUUUAAGGAACAGGGAUCUCUGCAUCUUCACUUAUCGACAUCUUAAAAAGGUCCUGUCAUGGUGGAUCUCUUCUUUCACAAAGUUCUGGUGAAAAACAAUAAGGACCGUGAUGAGUUGGACACAGAGCGCGAGAUCAUCCUGCGCCUGCAGAACCGGAUCCUCAUGCUCUUCUUCGGCUCCGGUGAUUGUGAGAGGUGUCAGGAAUUCGCACCUACACUCAAAGACUUCUUCAAGAAGCUAACAGAUGAGUUCUACGUCGAGCGCUCAGCUCAGCUGGUCCUGCUCUACAUCUCAUACGACACCACGGAGGAGCAGCAGGACAAGUUUCUGAAGGAGCUUCCCAAACGCUGCCUCUUCCUGCCCUUCGAAGAUCCUUACAGGAAAGAGCUGGGGGUUAUGUUCGAGGUGGAGGAUAUACCCACGGUGGUGGUUCUGCGUCCUGACUGCUCGGUUCUCUCUCCCAAUGCCAUGAUGGAGAUCUGCUCUCUGGGAACUGACUGCUUCCAGAACUGGCAGGAAGCAGCUGAACUCAUCGACCGCAACUUCCUGAUGAACGAGGAGUACGACGAGAGCAAGAGACGAAGCUUCACAGAUGCCAUCCGCCGGCAGAAAUACAAAGUGGAGGACAAGAAGAAGAAAAAGAAGAAAGAGCAGGAUGGAGAGGAGGAUGAUGAUGGAGGAGGGGGAGGAGGAGGAGGACCUUGGGGUUGA